AUGGCGUCCCCACCUCGAUCCGGAUGUUGCUUAUUGUUGCCCUCCGGGCGUGAAGCGUAUCUCCCUUUGCUAUCGGUGUCUGCGCAAGUCCAUAUAACUGAUGUCUUGGCUCGUGUCACCUUGACGCAGCACUUCGCCAACACCAACCGCAGUGGCGCCUCAGCUACAGCUCGCUAUGUUUUUCCUGUGCCGGCUGGCGGCGCGGUGUGUGCUUUUGAAAUGCGCACUGCAGACGGCCGAGUAGUUGUGGGCGAAGUCAAGGAAGCCCAUCGAGCUGAGAUUGAGUACAAAGAAGCGGUGGCGCAUAACAAGUUCGCCGGGCUGCUUGCACAAGCUACUUCAGAUGUCUUCGAAAUGUCAAUGGGUGCUAUCCCACCUAGACAGGCGAUCAAGACUACUCUUACGUAUGUCACUGAGCUGUCUGACGACGAGCUCUUGAAGCAAGUUCGAUUCUCGUUGCCAACCUACAUCGGCGAAAGAUACGGAGCAUCCCCUUCGGUGACGCGCAAAACAGACUCAUCGACGAAGUAUGCGCAAUUCACCUUAUCGGCAGAAAUCCAGAUGACCUCCGCUAUUGAGAAAGUGGUUUCACCGUCUCACGCAGUGAAGGUCACUACGCACUCUAGCAACGAUUCGAUGUCACGCUGCAGCGUGAUUCUUGAUUCCUCAACCAGUGCAUAUCUAGACAAGGACUUCGUUCUCUCCGUCAAAGCUAGCAAGGUCGAUGCCCCGCGUUGCGUCGCCGAAGUGCUGGAAAACAAGCAUUCUGUCGCACUUUCGUUGACGCUGGUCCCUCGCUUCGGAGUGAAGCCUAUCGACAGCCAGGAGUACAUCUUCGUGAUUGAUAGAAGUGGUAGCAUGCAGGGAAGCAAGAUCGAUUACGCCAGGAAGGCUCUGCUCGUAAUGCUCAAGUCGCUCCCCGCCACUGGGACGACGUUCAACAUCUUCAGUUUUGGCACUUCGCAUUCUGCGCUCUGGCAAGCCAGCCAACCGUACUCGCCGACCACGCUGAAUACUGCGGUAAUCCAUGCCGAUUCGAUGGGUGCUAACAUGGGAGGAACGGAGAUCGGGUCUGUGCUCAACUCUGUCCUCAAAACCCGUACCACUGCAAAGCCCACCUCUGUGUUUGUCCUUACCGACGGCGAGGUUUGGGAUGUCGACCCGUUGCUUGAAAGCCUGAGGACCAGUGUCAAAUCUACAGGAGACAGUUCAUCCGGCACGUACUUGCGAUUCUUCACCCUCGGUAUUGGCCACGGCGCAUCCACUGCACUAUGCAAUGGCCUCGCCCGUGCGGGCAAUGGACUCUGCCUUAUGACUACGCAAAGCGAGGAGCUGGCCGGCAAAUGCGCCAGGCUUCUGCGCGCGAGUCGCGUCCCCCCUUCGGGAAACCUGCAGAAGGUUCGUAUUGACUGGGGAUACGCUGGGCCAAACCCUCUUCUCAGUACCGACAUCGCGAAAGCAUCUCAGCAUACUGCCAAGGCACCUCAACCAGCGGCUGCUUUAAAUCUGUUCGAUGAAGACCACGAUCCGCUGGCACCAACGGGAGAUACUGGCUUUCCGAUCGAGCUUCCAGCCACUACAGACAUCCAGCAAGCACCCUCUACCGUCCCUGAUUUUUAUCCUGGAAAUCGUUUCAUUGUUUCUGCGAUACUCUCCAAGACUAUACAGGUCCCGAAGUCUGUCGUGCUCCGCGGGGAGACCCCAGAUGGUCAGGCGACAGAGUUUAACAUCCCUGUUCACCUCGCGAACUUCCAGAAACCAUGGCCGCCGCUCGUGCACACGCUCGCGGCGCGCCGGAUAAUUCAAGAGCUCGAAGACGGCUUCCUGGACUGCCUGGGUAUCGCAGGAAACGCUGACUCCUAUCGCAGUGAAGAGAUCGCCAAGGCGGCAAUUGUGCGGUACUCCACGGAGUUCCAACUCGCGAGCAAGUACGCGUCGUUCAUCGCCGUCGAAAAGGAAACAGAGGACACUAGUAUUGACGAGAGCGACUUCGAGAUUCUCGGUGAAUCGGACAUUGAUCCUGACGAUUGGGUCGAGGACUUCGGCACAGACACGUCUGACACGCUUCAAACCUCGGACGAGCAAGACCCCGCAAGCGCAUAUAGAUCCAGCCAAACAGGCUACUCUCGAGCUCAGCACGUCGCUGAGCAAGAAAAACAGAAAAGUAUGUACGAAGAGCUGGACGAAGAGCUGGACGAUUGGAAGCCUAGUCGUGAUCGCGAGCGCGAGCGUGACUACGAUGUUACGAGGGGAGGUUCGACACGUAGCUUCGCGCCGCGAGAGAGGUCAGUGCUGUCACAAGCCGCACCCACGAGCGCUGUAUAUGGUUCAGCGCAGCAGGCUUUCUCGUUUGGUGCACCAUCUGCGCCCACGACCGGAGGUUCGCUUCAGCAGAAUUCCCUGAUGAGCAUAGAGUCAUUCAAGGAGCCGGACGAGGACGUGUGGACUCCUCGCGGCGCCUUCCGACCCCCAGUGGUGAGGCGGGACCGCAGCGCGGUUUCCACCGCACACUCCACACAGCGGGUUGUCCCAGACGACCCCGUCACCGCCAUCGCCCGCCUGCAGUCCUUCGACGGAUCCUUCCAACUGAACGACGCGCUUCGCACACUGGCCUUCGGCGACAGACUCACACUGGACGCUCUCGGUGCUACGGCGCCUGCGUCAAUCCGCUCGCACCCGCUGGGCGGACAGGUGUGGGCGACGGCUAUCGCAAUCGCGUACCUGAAGACGAAGGCUGCGGACCAGAUGGACAUAUGGGCGGGGCUAUGGGAGAAGGCGUAUGAGUAUGUCGUGCAGGCGCUGCAAGGCACUACGGUGUCCCUCGACCAGCUGGUGGACGAGGCCGUCACGUUGUUGUGA